AUGGAUACCGACAGGAUGUCCUAUAUUUUCGGCAGUUUCGCCAGGAGAAGGCAAGGCCAGGAACAAUCGGGGGCCAAAAGGCGAUCGAUAGAUUCUACAAAGAAACCAAACGAUGACCGAUUGAGCCCCAAUACAGCCAAGAAACAAAUGUUAACAUUUCAAAGAACCAAAACUAAUUUCACAACCUCCCUAGACGACGCUAAAUUCAGGUGUCCGCUAUGUAAAAAUCAAUACGAAGAUCCUAGAAUACUACCCUGCCUUCACACGUUUUGCCUGAAAUGCUUGGAACAGCUGGAACAAACAGAUUUCUCUGUUUGGAACGACGACGAUGACGCCCAGAAAACAUCCAGCUCGUCCGGAUCCAUAAAAGCCAGCUCGGCAGGUUCAGGAUACACCAGCGACAAACCCGACGAUCUAAGUCCUGGAAAAUGCUUCUUCUGCCCGUCCUGCGGAUCCAGCGCUGACCUGCCGAUCGAAGGCGUCGGAGGAUUCCUGCCCAACUACCCCCUGCUACAUAAAAUGCUCUCCGCCAAUGUCAAUCCCAGCAAUUACAAUCACUUAUGCGACGUCUGCACUUCAGAUAAAUCCAUAACGUUUAGAUGCAUCGAUUGCUCGAUAAACCUUUGCGACGUUUGCGAAGAAAACCAUCACAAACAAAACCCCUCCCAGAAGCACAAAAUCGCGACCUUAGGCGAAGCAGCUAAACAGCCUUUGAUGUGCUUGAGGCACCCCGACAUGGAACUGGUUUUGUUCUGCUCCUCCUGCAGCCAGGUAAUCUGCAAGGAUUGCCUGUCCAACGCCCACCGAGACCACUCCUGCGAGCCGGUUUCGAAAGCCAUCAAAUACCACCAAGCCAAAUUGAAAUCCUUGGCGGAUCGCGCGAGGAACGCCGUCGAGGAUUCCGCGGUGGCCUCCAGCAAAAUAAAUUCCCUUUCCAAAACCGUCGAAAGCCAAUGCAAUUCCGUCCAAAGCGAGGUGGAACAGUUCAUCGAAGAGUACAUCCAAUCGGUGGAGCACCACAAGUCAGGUCUGCUGGAGCAAAUCAAAGAGGUGAAAGAAGAGAAACUCCGCAGCAUCGGCGAGGAAAAGGAGAAGGUCCAGAAGAGGUUGCGCGACGCCCGAGACGUGGCCUACUUCCUCUCGGACUUGCUGGCAGCCACCGACGCCGAAAUGCUCGUCUAUUUGCCGCUGGUGGCGGAGAAAAUGGCGAAAUGCGGCGACCCGCCCGGGACCGAUUUGAAGGUGUCCGGAUCGCUGCAUUUCCUCAAGGAGGAGACCGUCAAGUGCCCGAACGAUUUCUACACCGUCUACGGGGUUCUCACGACGCAGAGCGUCUCGCCCGAAAAUUGCUUCCUCAACACCACCGUGCUUCAAAACCUGCGGGUGGGGAAGAAAGUUGAAGUCCUGCUGGAGACCAGAGAUCACGACGAUGUGCCCAUCGAAAGAGGCGGUGAAGAAGUUUCUUCUAACAUCCUCCAUUGGGAAGGCGGCGUUUCGAAAUCCUUGAUAGUUAAUGUGAAAGAUAAAAGGAACGGUAUGUAUGUCAUUUCCUUCACGCCCGAUGUUCCAGGGAAGCUGAUUUUGAACGUGAAUAUUAAAGGACAACCGGUGAAAGGUAGUCCUUUUCCUGUUAACGUGAGGACUAUAAAGCAACACAUCGGGUUGUAUCAUUGUUGCACCUUCUGCUCUUCCAAGGGUAAUAAAGAAGCUGUUUGUGGGUGUGCUGGGGAAAUGCCUGGUGGAUAUAAAGGUUGUGGUCACGGACAUGAAGGCCAUCCAGGCAGGCGACAUUGGUCCUGUUGUGGGAGUAUUUUGGAGCAUUCCGAGUGUACUGGGUUUAAGCAAUUUGCUAGUAAUGGAAAUUAG